UACUCCUAUACGUGCUAGCAUGCAAAGUGGGUAGCCCGAAAGCAAAAGCUGGGAGAGGCAGGCAGGAUCCAAAUGUGGGCAAGAAGCCAACGAAAAAUAUACAGAUAAGAGAAUGAUUCCCCAAUCAAUCAUUUUCAUCUCAGUGUACUACUGUACUUCCAAUCAAUCAUUUUCAUCCGAGUGCCACUCACUUCCAAUUGGCUUCAUUCUCCUGGAAGUACUGGGCCCAACGGCUGCUUCAUGCCGGCAUCUUUAUUCCUCCUUGAUUUAACCCCUAGCAUGCAUGCAGGUGUGCAGCGUACCACCCAACGCCACACAGAUGUUACGUGCUGCCUCCAGGCGCCAACCACCUUAUUCCCUCACCCUGCCACUCACACUCUCUCACUCAGAUUGAGUGUGUAUGCACUCCCUCCGUUUCUUCUGCGCGUUGCCAUUCUUGUGUGAGGCGAUUCAGUAUUCCUUUUGCGUAUGGCAGACCAGGCGAGGAAGGAGCAGCGAGCGAAGACGGACGAAUAUUUGGGCCGUGACAGCAGAAUACUUAUAAUCCAACUUAACCGGAGGUGGUUGGAGCAAGGACACAUGGCGAUCUCUCUGCAGCUGAGCUGAGCCCCAGCGAAUCAAAUCGCCAUGCAGAAGCGCCCACCCAACCCCAUAGCACGCAGCAAAGUAAAUUAUUACUCCCCCUCUGAUCGGGCAUGCACAGGGGCAAAUUAGUCCGAAACAGAUCGCAACAAGCCUCGGGCUCCCCUAUAAAUAUCAGUACACGAUGUUGAGUGGGAGCUAGAAGGAUCGAGCUAGGUCGUAGCCAGCAGGAGCCAAUGGAAGGAGUGGCCAAGUCGGUGGUGGCGCCAAUGGAGGUGGCCGCUGGAGCUGUGGGGGAGGAGGCCAUGGCGGUGGCGGUGGCGGCGGGGAGGAGGGGCUGCAUCCGGUCGACGCGGGGCCCGUGGACGGUGCGGCGGCAGGCGCGGGGCGGCGCGGUGAAGACGUCGCUCCGGCACCCGACGCCGCGGGAGCGGGAGAACAACCGGCAGCGGGAGCGGCGCCGGCGGCAGGUGGCCACCAGGAUCUACGCCAGCCUGCGCGCCAAUGCCGGGUACGCGCUGCCCAAGCACGCCGACCAGAACGACGUGCUCCGGGCGCUCUGCGCCGAGGCGGGCUACCUCGUCGACGACGAAGGCAACGUCACGCGGUGCCACGAGCGUUCCUCGGGCGCCGGCACUGGCGGCGGCGCAAGCUGCAGCUCCGGCCAUCUGCAGCCGUCCUCGCACAGCCACAGCGUGGCGACGGAGGCAACAGCCGGGGGCAUCCACCAGGCGCUGCUUGAGCCGGAGGCGGAGCCGAAGCACAAGAUAUCCCUCGAGCUGACACUCUCCUUCUCCUACAUGUAGCCACUUAUAGAUCGAUCACCCUUUGCCUUACUAAUUAACCAGUGCUACCACCAGUAGGUUCGACAACAUUAGCAGUGCCCGAAUCCCCCUUUUGUGGAGAACUAGUUUUUCUUAAGCGUAAAAUCUGUUAUAACCGCCUAAAACAACCCCGUAGAGCAAGAGAACAACGGGACCCAUACCAUGGAUCACCCUCCUUCUGACUUCUAUAGCCCGCAUACGUUCGAGAGAAACAUGGCACUGGAAUGGAUGAAAUCUACGGUGAAACUCUGAAAAAAUUAACGGAGUUGCUAAUUUUAAGCCGGAUGAAAUCAAUUGGCGUUCAUUCGUUUUUUCUGUCCGUCAGAUCGCUGGGUUGCGAUUCGUGCUGUUUUUUUGAGCUUUGGAUUGUUUGGUUCUUGUUAUCAGGCCCGCAAUAUUUUUCAGGCCGAGAGCUCGGUGAGUCAGAGAGAGAGAGAGAGAGGGAGAGAGAGAGAGAGAGAGAGAGGUGGAGGGAGAGGGGGAGAGGGAGAGAGAGAGAGGGUCAUGGCAGUUUUGAUUUCGAGGUCUUCUUUCCCUGCUCGAUGGGAAGAGUUUAUUCUCUCCCCAUCGCUGCACCUCUCUCCCCAAUUUUGAUUUCGAGUUCUUCUCUGAUUACAUUUACAUGUGGUGCUUCCUGGUAUAGCCGUGGCAUAUUUCAGGCACUGAAAAAAAUAGCGCGCUAUAGCGUCGCUAAAAGCACGCUAUAGCGUAUUGAAAAUUGCCUCGCUAAAUAUAUCGGUGUACAACGUCUCGCUAAUAGCACGCUAUAGCGCGAUAUAGCACACGCUAAUAGCAUAUUUUGAGAUCGCCGCUAUUUUGCUGUAGCACGCUAUUUUUUUCAUUGAUUUUAGGUGGUCUUUUUGUGUGUCUUAGUUGCAGUCCUGAACUCCUGAUUGACUGUCUUAGUAUGAUUUUUAGUUAGUUGUUAUGUAAGUGGUUCUCUCUGUUAACCUAUUUGCUUAUUAAUAAAGUUGGCCGUAUGCAUCGUUCUGAUGCAGAGGCCGGGGAGUCCCCUCUUUUUUUUAAAAAAAAGUGGUUCUCUCUGUGAUUUUUUGUGUGAAUGAUAGAAAUGAUUUAGUUCACUAUGCCUAUUAGUCUUCGGAGAGUGUUCAUUCAGCUGUUAUUAUUAGUUUACAACCAUAAUCAUUUGACCAUGGUUAGUGAAACAAAUGGGCAGACUGAGGAAGGUUUGUGGGCAGGGAACCAAUGAACUCUCUCCUGAUGACAAUGUAGAUUCUUCAGAAAAACCUUUUAUCCCCGACGACUAUGUGCUGAAGAUGAUUGUUUCAAAGUGUCGCAGGUUUAAGUUUUCCUUUUCAACAGACCAUUCUGCUUGUUUUGAUUUUCCUGCACCCUAGUUUUAACUAAGUUUCAUUUCGCUUUCUGCAAGAUUUGUCUAUGGAUGAAGGUAUUUUGGACUAAGCAUUGUUUGAUUUCUAUGUGAAUCAUGUAAGUAAUUAGUUUUUUUUCUCUUCAAUGCUCACCCAUGUUGUGUUUCAUUUCCUGUUGGUAGCUCCUAGCAUUUCUUUUACAGUGCCUUUGAUCUGAACUUUCAUUGCCUCUGUAAGAGUUUUGAUUUUACUGUACCAUUGUUUCAUUUUUUUACAGUGUGGUUCAGUAAAAUUUACUGUUUUUAUGAUCCAAGUAAAUGUGUUGUCAUUUACAGUAAGUUUUGGUAGCUCAUAGUAUUCUGUUUACAGCGCCUCUGAUCUGAUUUUACAGUGUGCUUCAGUAAGAUUUUUACAGUUUUAUGGUCAAAGUAAACAUGCAUGAUGUCAUUUGUUGUAAGUUCUGGUAGCUCCUAGUAUUUUGUUUACAACGCCUCUGAUAUGAUUUUAUAGUGUGUUCAGGCUGUUGUCAGAGCAUUUUUUAUUUUGAUUUUUUACAGUGCUAUUGAUAGAUUUCUUACAGUGCGCCUUUUCCCACUUUCACUAUUAUUUGAUUACAUUAAUUGGUUGUUCCAUUUUCUGUGAAGUCUGAGAUUUUGACAGUGUGCCCUUCACCAGCUUGCAGUGCACUAUUCCCAUCUAGUUUCAUGUUUCUUCUUUUUGUUGUCUUCAGACCGUGAAGCAACUCGUUGGAGUUGUUCAGUCUCCCAAUGCCGACAAGCCCGACAUUUCUCAAGGAUGGUCUAAGAGCCUUGUUAUCAAAGUGUUGGAUUGCUUAGUUGGACCCUCUUUCAAAGUUAGUGAUGGUUUUUCCCCAAGAAUGAAUGCUGAAGUUAAUUUUCAAAAUAUAUCAUCUACUCCAACUUAAAAAAAUUCCAACAGUUAGCAGUACUAUUCAAGGAAGCAAUCUGCAGAUCAGCAGAAGUUUUUAAGUAAUGAUUUUUCUUUUUUCCUUUUGUAUUUUUAUGUGUUCAAGCUUUAAGUAAUGUUUUUAUUUUUGUCUUUUUUUUUAAAUUUCCUUCUGUAAAUGAUCAAAAUAAAUUCCAGAAUGUUCGAAAGGCUGACUCCAAUUUAUUCAUGAUUUCCUUCUGCAA